UUCUUAAACUCGUCCUCUUCCCCUCUCUCUAUUUUCUCUGUUUUUUUCUGUUUGUUUCUCGAGAAAGAUAGAAAAGAAAAAAAACGUAAGGGGAGAAGUUUUAUAAUUUGGCUUCGUCUUCCCUCGCUGCGCCUUCAGAGAAUCACAACAAUCUCCGCAGCGAAACGUUUCGUCUGCGUUUUUUGUUCGGAGUUGGAAGAAAAGCUCGUUGUGGAGGAAGACUUCGGCUGUUUGACGACUCGACGAUCUCUUCGAUUUCGGCGUCGGAGAGGUGAUCUGCUCGGAGCUUCGGGAUUGGAAUUGUGGUGCUUUUUGAAGCAUGAUUUGUGGCUGAGGAGAGGUAGAGUUGGCGGCGGCGGCGACGACGACGGAGAUGAAGAGGUCCAGAGACGACGUUUUUAUGAGCUCGCAACUCAAGCGGCCCAUGGUUUCCGCUCGAGGAGAGCCUUCUGGGCAACCCCAGAUGAUGGCAGCAGCAGCAGCAGCAGCAGCUUCCCAAAAACUAACAACAAAUGAUGCCUUAGCGUAUCUAAAAGCGGUGAAGGAUAUAUUUCAAGACAAGAACAGGGGAAAAUACGAAGAAUUUCUUGAAGUCAUGAAAGACUUCAAGGCCACAAGAAUUGACACUGCAGGUGUGAUAGAGAGGGUGAAGGAUUUAUUUAAAGGGCAUCGAGAGCUAAUAUUAGGUUUCAAUACCUUCUUGCCAAAGGGAUAUGAAAUAACCCUCCCACUUGAUGAAGACCAACAACCUCCUCAAAAGAAGCCUGUUGAAUUUGAAGAAGCAAUCAAUUUCGUGAACAAAAUUAAGACACGAUUUCAAGGCGACGACCAUGUUUAUAAAUCUUUUUUAGACAUUCUGAAUAUGUACAGAAAGGAAAACAAGUCCAUCCAAGAGGUUUACCAGGAGGUUGCUGCACUUUUCCAAGACCACUCAGACUUGCUUGUGGAGUUUACUCACUUUUUACCUGAUACUACAGGAACAGCCUCUAUUCAUCCACCUCAUAGAAACUCGAUGCUCCGUGAUAGGAGCUCUGCGAUGCCUACGAUGCGGCAAAUGCAUGUGGACAAGAAAGAAAGGACCAUGGGUUCUUAUGCUGACCAUGAUCUCAGCGUUGACCGUCCUGAUCCUGACCAUGAUAAAGCUCUAAUGAAAGCGGACAAAGAUCAAAGGAGGCGUGGUGAGAAGGAGAAGGAGAGGAGAGAAGACAGAGAAAGAAGAGAACGGGAUGAUAGGGAUUUUGACCAUGAUGGCAGUAGAGACCUCAGUAUGCAGCGUUUUUCCCACAAACGGAAAUCUGCUCGUAGGAUUGAGGACACUGAACAAUUGCAGCAAGGUGGGCAAGGCCUUGAAAAUUUUGCAGCAAAUCUCAUUUCAUCCUCUUAUGAUGAUAAAAAUUCUGCAAAGAGUAUGUACGGCCAGGAGUUUGCUUUCUGCGAGAAAGUGAAGGAGAAAUUACAAAAUCCUGAAGAUUACCAGGAAUUUUUGAAGUGCCUUCAUAUUUAUAGCAAGGAAAUUAUUACACGCUCUGAAUUGCAGUCUUUGGUGGCUGAUUUAAUUGGAAGAUAUGCAGAACUUAUGGAUGGGUUCGAUGAUUUUUUGGCAUGUUGUGAGAAGAAAGAUGGGUUCCUUGCCGGUGUCAUGAGUAAAAAAUCCUUGUGGAAUGAAGGACAUAUACCAAGAUCAGUGAAGGUAGAAGAUAGGGAUAGGGAUAGAGAUCGUGAAAGGGAUGAUGGGGUUAAAGAUAGAGAGCAUGAAUCUCGAGAAAGAGAUAGACUUGAUAAAAAUGGUGCCUUUGGAAAUAAAGAAGUUGGAGGCCAGAAGAGUUUAUUUACCAGCAAGGAUAAAUAUUUGGCAAAACCCAUUAACGAGCUUGACCUCUCCAACUGUGAGCGCUGCACUCCGAGUUAUCGUCUCCUGCCAAAGAACUAUCCAAUACCUUCUGCUAGCCAAAGAACAGAGCUUGGUUCUGAAGUAUUAAAUGAUCACUGGGUAUCCGUUACUUCUGGAAGUGAGGAUUAUUCUUUUAAACACAUGCGCAAAAACCAGUAUGAAGAAAGCCUGUUUCGGUGUGAGGAUGACAGGUUUGAGCUGGAUAUGUUGUUGGAGUCCGUGAACGUAACAACCAAGCGUGUGGAAGAGCUACUAGAAAAGAUCAACAACAAUACAAUUAAGAUGGACAGUCCAAUUCGUAUUGAAGAACACUUCACAGCUUUGAACCUAAGGUGCAUUGAGCGAUUAUAUGGUGACCAUGGGCUUGAUGUGAUGGAUGUGUUGAGGAAAAAUGCUCCACUAGGUUUGCCUGUCAUAUUGACCCGUUUGAAGCAAAAGCAAGAAGAGUGGGCAAGGUGUCGUUCGGAUUUUAAUAAAGUUUGGGCUGAUAUAUAUGCCAAGAACUAUCACAAGUCACUUGAUCAUCGUAGCUUCUACUUUAAGCAACAAGACACCAAGAGCUUAAGCACAAAAGCCUUGUUGGCAGAGAUUAAAGAGAUUAGUGAGAAGAAGCGGAAGGAAGAUGAUGUUCUUCUUGCUAUUGCUGCUGGAAAUAGACGACCGAUUAUUCCUAAUUUGGAAUUUGAGUACCCUGACCCAGAAAUCCAUGAAGAUCUGUAUCAACUCAUCAAAUAUUCUUGUGGAGAAGUUUGCACUACCGAACAAUUGGAUAAAGUUAUGAAGAUAUGGACAACUUUUCUUGAACCAAUACUUGGUGUUCCUACACGGCCUCAAGGUGCAGAGGAUACUGAAGAUGUUGUGAAAGCAAAAAAUCUUACCGUAAAGAGUGGUUCUGUAAGUCCGGGAGAGAGUGAUGGUAGUCCUGAUGCUGAUGCUACUUUGACGAAUUCCAAACAGUUAAAUUCAUCAAGAAAUGGUGAUGAAAGCAUUCAACCUGAACAGUCAAGUUCUUGCAGGACUUGGACAGUAAAUGGGGCUAAUGGGGUCAAAGAAGAAAGUUCGCUUGACAUUGAUCGUGCUGCAUGUAAAGGUGAUACUUUCUGCAAUACCUCUCAACAAGGUAAAGUGCAGAGUAAUACAUCUACAGCUGAUGAAACGUCUGGGGCUAGCAAACUAGACAUUUUCAAUGAACGAUUAGUGAAUUCUAAUGCAUCACUUGCCACUGGGUUGGAGCAAAGUAAUGGAAGAACUAAUUUAGAACACUCAUCAGGGCAUAGUCCUACUCCGUCCAGACCUGGUAAUGGCACUGUUGAUGUUGGGCUGGAGUUACCUUCAUCAGAGGUUGGUGAUUCUACAAGACCAGGUAUUUCCUCAAAUGGAGCAAUAGCAGAAGGCGCCAAGGGUCUCAGAUAUCUUGAAGAGUCUGCUAGGCACUUCAAGAUUGAAAGAGAAGAAGGCGAAAUAUCUCCAAAUGGAGAUUUUGAGGAGGAUAAUUUUGCAAACUAUAGAGAAGCUGGUUCAGAGGCCGUUCAAAAAUCAAAGCAUGGUACUAUCAGCAGGCAAUAUCAAGCCAGACAUGGGGAAGAAGAAAUAUGUGCUGGAGAGACAGGUGGAGAAAAUGAAGCUGAUGCCGAUGAUGAAGGUGAGGAAAGUGCUCCGAGGUCAUCGGAGGAUAGUGAGAAUGCCUCUGAGAAUGGUGAUGUUUCUGGAAGCGAGUCUGGUGAUGGGGAGGAAUGUUCUCGUGAAGAGCGUGAGGAAGAUGGGGACAAUGAUGAGCACGAUACUAAGGCCGAGAGUGAAGGUGAAGCUGAAGGGAUGGCUGAUGCCCAUGAUGUUGAAGGAGAUGGAAUAUCUUUGCCUCUUUCAGAACGUUUUCUCCUGACCGUGAAGCCUCUUGCAAAGUAUGUUCCUUCAGCUUUACAUGACAAGGAGAAGAGGGACUCUCGGAUAUUUUACGGAAAUGAUUCUUUCUAUGUGCUAUUCAGGCUUCACCAAACAUUAUAUGAGAGAAUACAAUCAGCAAAGAUUAACUCAUCAUCUGCUGAGAGGAAGUGGCGGGCUGCUUCAAAUGAUUCGAGCCCUUCAGAUUCUUAUGCUAGAUUCAUGAGUGCACUUUACAAUUUACUUGACGGUUCUUCUGACAAUACAAAAUUUGAGGAUGAUUGUCGAGCCAUCAUUGGGACACAAUCAUAUCUUCUAUUCACAUUAGACAAGCUGAUCUACAAACUCGUUAAGCAGCUCCAAACUGUUGCCAGUGAUGAGAUGGACAACAAACUUUUCCAGCUUUAUGCAUUUGAAAAAUCAAGAAAACUGGGAAGAUUUGUUGAUGUGGUUUAUCACGAAAAUGCUCGUGUUCUUCUUUAUGAUGAGAACAUUUAUCGCAUCGAAUGUGCAUCCUCCCCAACCCGGGUGUCUGUUCAACUUAUGGAUUUUGGGCAUGAUAAGCCUGAAAUGACUGCUGUUUCCAUGGACCCUAAUUUUUCCGCAUAUCUGCAUAAUGAAUUCCUGUCAGUUCUUCCUGACAAAAAAGAGAAGUCUGGGAUCUUCUUGAAGAGGAACAAACUCAAGUAUAGUAGUGAUGAAUUGUCUGCAAUCUGUGAGGCCAUGGAAGGGCUAAAAGUCGCCAAUGGUCUGGAGUGUAAGAUUGCUUGCCAUUCAUCCAAGGUCUCGUACGUCUUAGAUACAGAAGACUUUCUGUUUCGGACAAAGAAGAAAAGGAAAAGUUUGCACCAGAACAGUUCAUGCCAUAACCCGGCUAGGUUUCCUAACGGUUCUAGUAGAGUAGAACGAUUUCAGCGGUUGCUUUCGAGCUCAUGAUAUGUCAUCUUUUGACCAUCAAGUAAAUAUGUAGCAUUUUGCAAGCAUUACAUACCGUGGGGCUGGAAACUCGAAAAAUUUGAGGCGCUGUGAGCGAAAAAGCUUUUGGUGGAAUUGCCUGUGUAUUCUCAUACAUCCGUCUCUCCAACCUAAUAAAGAAUUUGAGGAGAGGGGGAAGGGGAUGCGGAUCUUUAAGCCGCAUUCAUGUAAAUAGAGGUAAUUUGUGUUGUAAACUUGAGAUGCAUGUUCAUUUUAUUCAUCAAUUUUUUUUGUUAAA